AUGUUGCAAAUCAAUUGGAUUUGGAAUGCCAACUGUCAACAACCCAAAUCACGAUCUCCGUUAAUCGGACUGCACCACGCUAGGAACACGGGAUCCAAUCAUGAAGAUGAGGAAUGCAGAUCAGUUUUAAACGACGAAAUUGGAGGGAUUGACAGUUGUGUUCGACAUACAAAUGCAGACAAAAUGAACGACCAUUUGUCAGAUACUACCUGUAAUACGGAAACUCUAUUAAAACACCAAACAAGACAGGCCAUUUUGGAUGCCAGUGACCAAGUCUCGAUUGGCCUACAAAGUCGAGUGAACCAACCAGGAUCAAAAAAACGCCGUUUCACCGAUAGUCCUUCGGAGGAGACGAGUUCUACCGAUCCAUCAAACGAGCAGCCUACUACCAGUUCAGAUUCUGAGUGUGCGAAACGAGUUUGUCUUGAUAACGAUGAGCCGUACCGACAAAAUGAAACUCACAUUUGGAAACCCGAGCUGGUUGAGUACUGGGUUGCUGUUGAUCUGGUUACCGCUGGGCGACAGGGUUCCGAUCAGGGACGUGACCAGGCUCCAAUAGUUCAGUUUAUUUUGGCACUGGGUCACUUUAAAAGCAAAACAGUCAAGGAUCGUUUGCUGGUAAAUGUCUAUUCCACCAGUUACAUUAACCAGGUCAGCUGUACAGCUGAAACCCAAUCGACCAAUGGGGACGAUCCAAAGAGUAUAACACAUCCGUCAACACUUACAACUCACCCCAAAAUGAACUUUAUAAGGAAUCCAAAUAGUCCCGUACAAUUACUAGAGGAGCAUGAAUCGCAGUCGAAAGAUUUCCCCCUCCUGAAUGGUUCCGUACCGUUGACUACAGAGGCAGCCGAGUGUGUGACACGAAAUUGCCAAUCAAAUAUCCAAAGAGCUGCUUCGACGAGCUUUGAAGAUGCCCUUGACAAAAUCGAAAAGUGGAUAACUUCUCAGGGAGUCCAGAUUGGUGAUUCUCCUACAGACAGCUCAGUCAUUCUCAUAACGGAUGGGCACAAAGCCCCACGAAACGUGCUUCACCCAGAAGCCGCUUAUCGCGGACUAGAUCAUGAACGACUGGGCCGUUCGCCUUGGGGAUCGUAUGUGGAUUUGAUCAGUUGGUGCAAACAAGCUCCAUCUUUCGACUCAAAUCCGAGAACAUCUAUCAGUACCCUCGCGGAUGUAACUGAAGCUCUUCAACUGAAUCUGGAUUCCUGCUCCAAUACGGGCAGUGCUUUGACAAAGCUAGACCAAAUGGUCGCUGUCAUCCAGAAGAUGAUUGAAAUCAAUAUCCCUUUGUGUGAACCGCAAAUCAUAAGGAAUCAAUAUGAACAUCGAGUCUUUUCCAAAAAUAUAUCACUCAAAGACAGUCAAGUGGUUGAAGUUCGACAAGUCCCUUGGAGUGCAACCCCGUCCAUCAUUGCCGGUUUCUUUGCCGGUUUGAAUAUCAUACCAGGUGGGGUGGCCAUCCGUCUGACAGAUGGAAGACGAAGCAACACCGCCAUAGUUGCAUUCUCGUCUGUCUUAAAUGCCCAGUUGGCUUUGGUGCGUCAUCAGCACCAGCUUUGUGGGGCGCUGCUUCCUGAAACACUCUCCGAAUCAGCAGACAAACCAACUGGGAGGGACCAACUUACCCAGCCCACUGCUACCUCAAAGCCUGUAAUGCUUCAGGUUUACUCGGCAACUAGUCGGGAGUUUAUUCAAUGCGCUGGAUGUGAUCAGUCAGCUGUAGUGGAUUUUCUCAGCCAGCUCACUAACGGCGAACAAGUUGUGGUUCGUGUUCGUGGCCUGCCCUAUACGGUGACAAAAAAACAAAUCGCAUUCUAUCGAUCGCCUAUAUAUUACCAUCACUACUACUCUGAAGGCCACACGGGUAAACUUGAUUUCUUCCUCGCCGUUCAAGCUACUGUGCUGUUCGAUUGCCAAGGUAUCUAUCUGGUUGCCUAUCCUGACAGAAGACCGACCGGUGACGCAUUCGUUCUUUUCCCGGACGACAAAACUGCAACGAAAGCCUUGGUCCGUCACAAAGACUACCUGGGUGAUCGCUACGUGGAACUGUUUAAAGCUUCCCCCUCCGAAAUGGUUCAGGUCUGCCAUAAUGUCUCGCAACAGACGCAUAACUCAAACAAAGUACAGAACAAUCUUUUGGACGCACAGGCUAGAUCUCGGACUAAUGUAAAUCCACUCACUUUGAACACGAUGCUCUCCACAAUUGCACCGUAUCUGACGCGCGAACAACAAAUUGCUUUGGCACUAAAGAACCUUCGGCCUGGAUUAUCUAUCACCCCCUUGCAAAACGUUCCUAUUGGAGCUAGAGUCCUGCCCUCCAGCGUAUUUUCUGCAGGCGACAUCCACUCAGCAAUAACUGAUACACACCUUCCAGAGACCACCCUGGACCAACUGACAAUGAUCAAUAGUCUGGGUGUGAACCAAACGGGAUUGACUCCAUUCACAUUUAGUCUCCCUCGGCAUGUGCCCGCUCUGACCACUCUGUCUCCCGUUUCACCCACCCUGUCCGGGUUGAGAGUAAAGCCAGCCAAGGAACCGGUUAUUAAGGAUCCAACUGAUCCCACUGAUCCAGAUUGUACUUUUGCUCGACCUUGGCCAGAGCAAGGCGUUACCGCAGUACUAGAACUGAGCUCAUUACCCCUGGAGACCUCAAGACAUGACGUGAGAUUGUAUCUUGGACCGGCUAACUACUCCAAAGUCUAUAGGAUGUUACGAAAGGAGAUGGCGGAAAAUCAAACCACAUCCACCUGGCUUCUAUCGUUGAUCGACACCACGACGGCCGUUCAUUUGGUCCGUGACCUGGUCAAUAGGACUUUCAGUUUGGGCACAAUGACCGGUCUGUCCAGUCAGGUAAAGGUGUUUCCGAAUGUGCCAACUUUCACCUUGUAUCACGUCGGUCCAGAAAAGCAGUUAGAACUGAUUCCACUGGAAGACCCCAGCUUUGGCAUUCCGUUCAAUAGAAUUCACAUUAUUCCUGGCACUCUGGAACAGCCAUGCAAGCCGCAGUCGUUACAACCGGUACUGAGGAAGACACAAAAUCAGCAACAGCAACGACAACAACAGCAACAACAACAACCAUUACCAACAACCCAUUCAUCAAUGCCGACUGCAUCGUUUCUUACAAGACACGACGGGAAUCUACAGGCUGCAAUGGCCAACCUUGCCUCCAACCCGCUGGUUGCGAACAGCACAAACUCCGUGCCUACGGACCCCAUUUAUAACCAAUUACUUCAAGCUCUGGCUUUUCAGACACCGAUGCCCAUUAUCAAGUCGCCGGGUUGUCAAAUGGGUGCUUCAGGAGCAAUGACUACUGCCACAGGUCUGCCAGUUUCCAUCGCCUCCCUGAACAAUCCAUCCACACAAAUGCUCAGCAGUACAGGCAACUCAUUGUUACCAAUUCCAACAGCUCCACUUUGCAGUUUGAGCGAUUUGACAGCAUUUGUGAAUAAUGCCAUGGCUCACAAUUGUCCUUCAUCAAGUUCAAGUGUAAAUGCUUGUCUAGUCAUGAUUACUGGUGCCCCUUCGGAUGCCACCACCGAGGAACUGCGCUCUUUGUUUCACUCAAUAGGGCAUCUGUUAUCGACACCACCAAGAUUCUCUUUGCAUCAGAACCAUCCGAAUGGGACAGCAAACUUUCUGGCCUUGUUCAACAGUCCUCUGGAAGCACAAGCAGCAGCUUUGUAUUGUCCCAGUGGUACUCUACGGAAUAAUCAAUACACCGUCGGGACCGCAUGUCUUGUGCCGCCCGGAGCUUUCCUUGAUAUAAAUGGAACAGUACAAUGCAAUACAUCCGGCCCCAAUUUGGUGUUCAAUCCGCUGACGAUGACCAAUUCCAAUCUUUUCUUUAAUUAA